AUGGACUCCAUUCCUAGAAGCAACUCCUCCAUCAUCUCCUUUCCCACUCUCCCCGCUUCUCCCACAACGCCCUCGGCUCACCCACAUCUGCCAACCUCCUCCACAGCGCAAUGCCUCGACACAUUCUCAGAUCCGCGAGCCAUGCCUCCGCCGGGCGUCACCGUCAGCACGCAUCCCUCAAACAGCUUCGAAGACGCCCCGCACUCUGCCCAGCUGCAAAGGCAUUCCAUCGCAUCCGACGACUCCUCGGCCGCGUCGUCCGCAGACUACUUUGGCGCCAGCGUUCCCAUCAGCAGACCCAUCUCAGCCACCUCCCUCGCCUCGUCCCGUCCUUCCUCCGUCGUAUCCAACGCUUCCUCCGGUAGCCAUGUGCACGGACAGCUCACCUCCUGUGCCGACCUCCUCAGCCCCGGACUCGCAUCCGCACUCGGCCUCAUCCCCAGCCCCACCAUGGCAGCUCAGCUCAGCUUCCCAGCAUCUUCUCGCUCCUCCACAGACGCUGCCACCGCCCAACCCCCUCGCAGGAGGGUGAGAGCUCAGAGUGCACACACUGGCGCCUUGGCCAACAGGCGCCCUUCCCUGCCCACCGUCCCCACCCUCAACCCUCGCUUCAGCGUAGCUAGCGUCUCCAGCUUCGAGAGCCUCCCCGAGGACGAGAUGGUGCAUGGCUUCCUGUCGCCUAACCCUUCGCACUCGAAACCGCGCUCCAGCAACUACGAUCGCAUCCCGCGCAUCCCUGCCAACGCCGUUCUACCCGUGGCGGCUCACUCGGCCUCCACCUCCUCGCUAGCCAGCUCCUCAGCCGCGUCCAUCAGCGACAGUCCCAACUUGGCCGACGAGCCACCUUCCGAUGCCCCUUCCUCGGCUCAUGGCACAGCACCGAGCUCCGAAAGUCAAUCCUCCACCAUCUCGGCCGGAUCCACCCGUCCCAGCGCUUUCCUCCGCCGAGCCGCCACCGCUCCACACCAGCCCACCGACUCAUCCAUAAUGAUGGCCCAUCGUCAUCGAAGCGCACGCGAGCUCCUCGAAACAGAGAGGUCCUUCGUAGCCAGCCUCACUCUUAUCGACCAAGAGUACUACCAGCCGCUCAUGGCAAGUCUCACAAAGAGCAAAGCCUCCGCUUCUUCCACCGCCCCGAACGCCAGCUCUUCAUCCGCCACCGCCGCUUCGGCCGCCGCACCCAUCCUCUCGCGCAAGUCGAUCAGCGAUAUCUUCUCCAAUUUCUACGACAUCCUCCAACUCAGCAGAGAACUCUUGAGUCAGCUCGAAGAGCGAUUCCAGGCAGCCAGCGGCCCUUCCGACUCCGCUGCUACCAUCACUGGCGGCGCUCAGCCUGCCACAUCCAUGACCUGGAACGCCGCAACCGACUGCGUCGGCGACAUCCUCGUCACGCUCGCUCCCUUCCUCAAGAUGUACUCGCUCUUUGUCAAGAACUUCAGCAGCGCGCUCCAGCGCAUCGAACACGAACAGAGGUCCAACGACGCCUUUGCUCGCUUCCUCAAAGACACCGACAACAGACGCGCCUCCAAGGAAAAGGUCACAACCACCUCCGGCAGCGUGCGCCACGCCUUCGGCUAUGGCCUAGGCUUCCAGGCGCAUCUGCUCACCAUCGUACAGAGGAUCCCGCGCUAUAAGUUGCUCGUCGACGACCUCGUCAAGUCGACGCCCGAGUCGCAUCCGGACUGCGCCGACAUCCGGCGUGCCAGCCGCAUGAUUGAGCAGGUCGCCUCGUACAUCAACGAAAACGUGCGCCAGCACGAGAUGGUGCUCACCAUGCUCGGUCUCCAAAAGAGCCUGCAGGGCCUCACCGAGCCCCUCGUCGCUCCCGGCAGGUCGCUCAUCAAGCGCGGCACUUUGAUGAAAACCUGCCGCCGCAACAUCCAACCGCGCGAGUUCUUCCUCUUCACCGACUGCCUCAUCUAUGCCAGCCCCAUCUCCGGCAGCAUCGAGUCGGCUUCGGCCGCAUGGACCAUGCUUGCCCAACGCGGCGGACUGUACGCCUCUGCCGCCGAGCAUCAGCAGUCGCCGACGAUGGGCUCGGUCUCGAGCUCGACCGCGUCCCCCAUCGAAUCCGUCCUCUCAUCGCCCAGUCUCGCCGGUGCGCCCGGUGCGCGCGCGCGCCUGGGCUCGAUGCCCGAGCCCUAUACCCCCUUGGCGGGCGCCAUCUUUUCGUUGGCAGGCCACCAGCUGCAGUUCCGAGCCAAAUUUGGGCUACGCGACUGCACCAUCGUGAGCGUCGAAGACAGCGCCAACGAAGGCCUGCGCCAUCGCUUCGAGAUUCGCACGCCGGACAAGUCGUUUGCCGUCUACGCAGAGAGCCAGGCCAGCAAAGAGGCCUGGGUCAACUGCAUCCGAGAAGCACGUGCCGACCACAUGUCGGCGCGCCGUACGCUCAAAGCCGAGGAAGACAGCAUCGAGGCCAAGCGCGAGAGGAGGCGGUCGCUGUACAAGAGCGAAGCAGCAAAGGGCGCCAACCGCCGCCUGAGCACGCAGAGCCUCGGCGCGUAUCUGGCCAGCACGAAUCUCAUCGGACAGGACAAGAUCACAUCCGUGUCGCCGGAGGAGCCGACCGAGACCGCUGCGCCGCGGUCGCUUUCGCGGGAGCGCGAGUCAGCGCCGAGGCGGAUGCGCGUCGACUCGCUGCCCAACCUACUUAUGCGACCGCCGUCGUUUCCGUCGUUCCCGACAUCGGGCGCCAACCUGUCGCUGGCCAACUUGCUGGCGUCCAACACCUCGGCGGCGGCAGCAGCGCCGCUGCGCGUGCUCGAAGACUACAAUGCACCUGUAUGGGUGCCGGACAAUCGCGCGGACAAGUGCUGCAACUGCCAGGAGGCGUUUGGCAUGUGGCGUCGCAAGCACCACUGCCGGCUGUGCGGGCAGGUUGUGUGCUGGACAUGUUCGCAGCGAUCGUUUUUGAUCCCGAGCUACCACGACGGCGAGCCAGACCGGCCGGCGCGGGCGUGCGACCGAUGCUACGACAGCGUGUUUCCGCACGAGGCGGCCGAAGAGGGGGAUGCAGCCGCAGACGCGUACACCGCGCCGGAAAGCGCCGAGAUGUCGUCGGUGCCGAGCACAAGCACGGAUGACAGCGUCGCAAAUGCUCUGGGCGCGUACCGACUCACCUCGGACGUCGAUACGGACGCAGAGGGGAGCUAUUCGGACUCGCCCGUCACGCCGCCCGUGGGGCGCGACUCUCCGGCUGCGCAUACGGACGUCGAGCUGCCUUCGGCUGCUAUGGAUGCGCCUGGCAAGUCGGCUUUGGCCAAGAAGGGCGGUGCUACGGUGCGGCCCAAGUCGCUGCGGUUCGAAGCGCUGCCUCCGGCUGAGAUUUCGUUGGAUGUGCGUGACGCGCCUGGAGGUGUGUCGCCCAGCACGCCAUCGAGUCCGACCGAGACGAUCCCGUCCGUCUCGAACGCCGCGACGCCGGUGGAGGCGCCUGUCAGACGAGGCAGUGCCAGCGCACACACGUCGCCGAUGCGGAGUGGCCAGAUGCCAGCGCUGCCGGCGCGUUCCAAGUCGCUGGCGGGUGCGCUGUCGUCGGCGUCUCCGCGCAUGCUGUCGUCCGAGGCGCGACUCAACCGGGCGUCGGCGCUGGAAGCCCAUCAUCUGUUUACGAGCCACCGCACACCGCAGAUCCAAGCGGCCACUUCGGGCUCGGGGACAUUCCGACUGGUGACGCCGCGGCUGACGACACCCGAAGCGGAAGUGCCGCCGGGCAUGGGCAAGAGGAACGGCUAUGGCCCCAGCAGCAUCAUGGAUGCAGGAUACUUUGGCAGUGCGGCAGGUGCGAUUCAGGAGGAUGCCGAGGACCAAACUGCGGAGGAGGGAGCGGAGAGCACCGGCGCGAGUCCGGUCAAGUCGGAACCCUUCCGGCCGUGGAUGAUGCAUGCAAUGUCGCCUGCGGGCGGCGCGCAUCUGCGGCCCGCCAAGAAGAGACCACUCAGUGCAGCCGCCAGGCUGAGCAGAGUGUACGGCCCGCUCCUAGCAUCCAACGCCGGCGCAGCUGCGGCAGGAACGCAGAGUGCAGCCUCGGCCUCGACUGAUUCGCUCAGUCUGGCCGGCGGCGAGCCGAACAAGAUCUAA